AGUCUGGAACGACAUCGGAGAUAUUUUGGGUGGGAAGCUCACGCGAUCGAAAUUGUUUCGGCGCCUCUAAAUUCAUUAACCAAAAAUCCUUUCCCUCCGAUUAUCAAUGGAAAAUUUUUCCCUUCAAUCUCUAUCAACCUGCUUCAAGAAAUUAGGAAUAGAGGGAAACCCUUCGACUUCUCUACUCCCAUUCGCUCAGAGGGAUCCUAAUUUUCUAACUCGAAAAUUCUUGAUCGUGUUCUAAAGGACGUGCUUCUCAUUGCCUACUACAAUUCUUUUACAGGACAAGUUCAGAUUCGAGAAAGCAUGAUCAUUGGCUUGAAGAGUCAUGACUAUCAUGUUUUGAUGCAACAACUCCUUCCAUUAGCUAUGAGAACAUCACUUAGAAAUGAUGUAGGUCUUGUUUUGAAUGACUACUGUAGCUUCUUCAGAGAAUUAUGCUCUAAGGUCAUUGAUGUACAUUUGAUAGAAAAGCUUGAGCAAAGUAUUCCUAUUAUUCUAUGCAAGCUUGAAAGGAUUUUCCCUCCAGCGUUCUUUGAUGUCAUGGUACAUUUGACUGUCCAUUUAGCGAAAGAGGCUAAACUCGCAGGACCGGUUCAAUAUCGUUGGAUGUACCCUAUUGAGAGGUAUUUGCUUACACUAAAGAACUAUGUACGAAAUAGAAGCCACCCAGAAGGUUCAAUUGCUGAGGGGUAAUUGAUGGAGGAGGCCACAAUAUUUUGUGCACGUUACCUUGAUGAUGUGGAGUCAAAACUUAAUCGACCAGUUCGACUUCAAGAAGGUCCCCUUAGUACAGGAAAGAGUAAAAAACUAUCGGCCUCAAAAUUGUACCAAGCAUAUCGCUUUAUACUUGAUAAUAUGGAAUCAAUACACCCAUAUCGAGAACAUUCUCAUUGGGACAACCGCCAAGUCCAAGUUGAAGGACAUAAAAAUUUCGUUGACUGGUUUAGAUCUCAUAUUAAUAUGUUAAAGAGGCAAAAUGUUCAUUUAGAUGAGGAAGUGAUCAAUCUCGCUUUUGGUCCUUUGCCCGAUGUUACAUGUUAUCCAGCAUUUGGUGUCAAUGGGUAUAAAUUCAAAACCAAAGCCGUCGAGGCUACAAGAACAACACAAAAUAGUGGCGUUGUAACUGUGGGUGAUGAGAGUAAAUUAUUUUAUGGGGUAAUCGAUGAAAUAUUAGCUAUACAAGUACCAAAAAUGAAAUCAACUGUUUUAUUUAAAUGCACUUGGUAUGACUAUAGAGAAGGAUUGGGAUGGAAGAAAGAUGAUUAUAAUCUUAUAUCCAUUAAUACAUCUCGAAAUAGCUACAUAGAUGAGCCAUUCAUCUAUCCAUCACAAGUAAGACAAGUGUAUUACUCGAAGGAUCCUAAAAAUCAAAACUGGAGUGUUGUGUGUCAUUGGAAGCCAAGAGAUACUUAUGAAGUUCCUGAAGAGGGGCAACAUACAAAGGAGGAAAUUGAAGAUGAAGAAAUUAAUUAUGUUCAGAGCAUCGAUCCAUGUAUCCCUUCAAAAGGCAUUACAAUUGAUGAUGGUAAUAUUGAGUGGGUUAGAAAAGAUAUGGGAAUUGGCACAUUUGUAAGUCAGAAAGAUCUCAAGGGGGCUAAAAGUUUUAUUGGGAAAAAUAAAAAGAAAUCUCAGAUAAUACAACAUGCCGCCUAAACAAGUGAUCAUGAUGAUGAAGAAGAGAAGAAAUAUCAUCGGGAAGAAGAAAAGAAUAUAUGCUUAACCUAGCUCAUAGAACUUUGAGGACACAAAUAACACUAACCCACCAGAUUGUCAUCAGAAAACAAUUGAUGGAGAUUUUUGCAGCUUGGACCUAUCAUCUAUGGUUAACCAUACAAGUAGUAGAACUUUAGCGCAUGUCUCAGGUGGUGAUUUCUUUGUGCAUGCCUCAGGUUGUAGAUAUUGAUGUGUUGAAGGGUCCAGUUUGCUUGCUUUCCUUUCAACGUGGAUUGUAAGUAACACUACUGUUUUUUAUAAUUAAUUAUCUUCUUAUUUCAUUUGUUAAACAGAUUAACCGGCUCAUAGAAUAAUUUUACUGGCUGUUACUUUUGUUUUUUAGUUCCUUUUUUACUUUGUUAGAAGAUACUGAUACAUUGUUAAGCAAAAAUCUGAGAUCAUCUUAUUAUCUUCAGUUUCUUCACGCUUUUUAUAUUAUAUUUUAUUUUUCUUUUCUCAAAGUGGAUGGUAAUCUGGUUGCAGAAUAUUGCUUUCAAUUAUGCUGAUGUUCAACAUGAGUUAAUUAAUCAAAGAUAAACAGUUCAUAAAUUAUCUAUUUCAUCUUAAUUCAGUCCUUAAUCUCAUCUCUACACGUAACUGAUUCAAGAUUUUGACUCCAGGCUUCCUUGUAGUUCCUUGCCAUGACUGUCCAUUGAUUUUGAUAAAAUGUUAGCUACAUUCUCAAAAAGCAAAUACUGAGCACGUAGAAUAAUACUUUCUAGAACAAAACAGGUCUGAGAAUAUAUAGAAACCAAAUACAAAGUGAUAUUAAUUAAGUAUAACAUUGACCUUAAGUAAAUUAUCUUUUGAAAUUUCUAACAUUUUCUGUCGUGUCUAAAUAUUUAGGUGAAUAUGGAACAUAUGAAAUCGAAAUGACAAGAUCCUGCAUACAAUAUUCCUUUGUCCUUUUCUCCUCAUUAUGUUUGCCUUUUAGGUGAAUAAUACUUUUAAUUGUCAAUGAAGUUUGAAUUAUAACCUACAAGUUCUACUCACUUUUGGGGGUUGUAAUUCAUAACCUAUCUAUGAGUAUGAACAUUGUACUACUUCCAACUUUUGGAGCCUUUUUUCAUGAGCAAAUAGUCAAUAUAUAAUUUUAUUAUAUCAUUCUUUGUCUUUUAGCUUCCCAAUCUAUUCGUCCACAACGGACUGCGCCCUCGAUAUAUCGUUGUAAUGUUGUUCCUCUGACUCCUAUUAUUGAUGAUGGCACACCUAUUUUUAAUAAUACAAGACCAGCCGUUGGUGGCCUUGAUGGGGAUACUCACUCUGUUGAGAACACAAUCAAUAUGGAGGUUCCUGCAGGUAAUUUUUUUUGGUUAUCAAUCAAUUAAUUGGUUAUCAAUCAAUUAACUUCUUUUGGUUUAUUUGGUUUCUUGUCGUCUGUUUAAGACUUCUAGACGUACUGGAGUUCUCCCUAAUGCAAGUUACAUACUCGUCAAAAAAUGUGACGAGUAUUCAUUUAGGUACCUUUUUUUCUUCAAUCCUGUAUAUAUAGAGAAUAGAUGUACGGUUGCAAAAAUCUUCUUUUUGAAAACAUUUUCAUAUAUACACACACACGUACCCAUUAGAGUACUUCCAGCGUCACUCAAAACAAUCGCUAUCUUUAAGAUGAUAUCUUCCUAUGAGUUCUAUAUAUUAAGAAUCAAACACUAAUCAAUAUUGCAUCUACAGCUGCUACUACAUGCCAAAUUAUAGUGCUCAAAUCAGGUAAGAUACAUGAUCCCAAUUUUUUAAAGAAAAAAAAUAAACCAACUCAUCAAAAUGAAACACACACGUAAGGAUUUUGGACCAAGGCAACAUCAAUUUGAUUUUUAUUGAUUGUACACAUGCGGAUUAGAUAUGAAACAAAGCCCACCACUUGAAGGCGCAUGCCUAUAUACAUCCAAAGAUUUCUUUUUUCCUUUUUUGCUUAAUUUUGGUGACAUCCAUUCGAAUUGGGCAUACCUCAUAUACAAGCAUGUAUCCCAUCCAUUCAGAAAUAUUGACAUCAACCUUCUCCUCAAUGGUGACCUCCUAUGUUUAUUAAUAUUCAUUUGAAAGAACUUCAAUUAACUUCUAUUAUGAUAGUUUUGUUUGUAAAAUAAACCAAUAGUAUGGACUAACAUAUUCAAUUGUCAUAUGCAUGUUUAAGCAGCUAAUGAGAAUGGUAAAAAAGUUAACAGGAAACCCACUAAGUUGGAAACCUUUCGUCCUCCUCCCGGACAGAAGCAUAUAGUAACAUGGAUUAGUGGACAACCUAUAAGUGAUACGGCAUUUCAGCUUUCACAGG